AUGGUGUUGCACGCCCACAACCCCUCGAAGCCUUCGCACGGCGCCUCCAGCUCGCGCCCCUCGCAGCCGUCCAUUGCCUACCCUGGCACGCCCGGCCAUGCCAAAAAGGCCUCGUCCUCGUCCAACCACGGCGCCCAGACCCGCGACCGCGACCGCGACCGCGACCGCGAGCAGCGUGAACACCGCCCGAGCAGAGAGGGAGCUGCACAGCGCGCCGCCCAGGAUGUCGCUGGCCUCAAGGACUACCAGCUGGGCGACUGUCUUGGGAAAGGCGCCUUUGGCAGUGUCUACCGAGCCCUCAACUGGGGCACCGGCGAGACCGUCGCGAUCAAGCAGGUGCGCCUCGAGAACUUGGGCGCCGCAGACCUGAAGAACAUGGAGAUGGAAAUCGACCUGCUCAAGAACCUGAACCAUCCCAACAUUGUCAAGUACCACGGCUUCGUGCGCAGCUCCGAAAGCCUGUACAUCAUUUUAGAGUACUGCGAGAACGGCUCGUUGCACAGCAUCUGCAAGAACUUCGGCAAGUUUCCAGAAAACCUCGUCGCCCUGUACAUGUCUCAGGUUCUGCAUGGACUCCUCUACCUCCACGAGCAGGGUGUUAUACACAGGGACAUCAAGGGCGCCAACAUCUUGACUACCAAAGAAGGGCUCGUCAAGCUGGCCGACUUUGGUGUGGCCACCAAGCAGUCGGGCUUGGAUCAGUCCAGCGUCGUAGGCACCCCGUACUGGAUGGCACCAGAAGUCAUCGAGCUGUCCGGCGCUACCACGUCUUCAGAUAUCUGGAGUGUUGGUUGCACAGUCAUUGAGCUGAUAGAAGGAAAGCCACCGUACCACAAGCUGCAACCCAUGCAGGCGCUCUUCAGGAUUGUCAACGACGAGCACCCACCGAUACCGGGAAGUGCUUCACCACUGCUCCGCGAGUUCCUGAUGGAAUGCUUCCAAAAGAACCCCACCCUGCGUAUCUCUGCGAAACGACUGCUCAAGCAUCCGUGGAUCCUGAGCGCCAAACGCACGGUACCCGCCGUACCCACCAAACCCACCGAAUACCAAGAAGCAGUCAAGUCGGUGCAGGAAUGGAACGAGGCGCUCAAGUCGCCCAACUCGCUACGCAGGAGCUCACGACUUGCAUCUGGCGUACAGAAGCCCUCGCAGCAAUUUCCGUCCCCUGCACACGCAAACGGUGCUGCAGUAGCGGCUCGCAAGCCUCCAGUCAACGUCGAUCAUCUCAACAUCUCCAAGUCAAGACCGACUGCAGAGUCCUUCCGCUCACCGGAACUUGACCACGACGACAACUGGGAUAACGACUUCGCUGAAAGCAUCUCACCGCGGGCUCUGAAAAUGCCGCCGCAUCGAAAGCCGCAAGACAACUUUGGUGGACUGUUCUCAGGUGACAAGCUAAAGGCGUUUGCAAGCUUCGAGGCCGUCGUGGAUGGCCCUGACGGUGGCGAUGGCGAGGCUACGAUGAGGAGUCCGCUGAACUUGCAGCAUCUACAAGGCAUCUCGAGUAGUUUUGGCUCACGACAGUCCGCUAAAGCUAGGCCGGGGACUCCAAAAACCAAAUCCUCCACGUCAGCGUCAACAUCCACAUCCAACUCCAGAUCUUCAUCAAAUGCGUCGCAGCACGAAGAACGUCGUAGCUACGACGCUCAGCCUAAGACAGCCUUCCUGCGCGGUGUGCCACAGGUAUCUCUGGCCUCCAAAUCCAGACCAGUGGCUCCCAACAGGAACAGUCAGGUGUUUCGCGAGAGCUCAGAGGAGGAAGAUUAUUCGGACCUUUUGCCUGCAGAUGAAGAUGCCUUUGAGAAGCGUGUUCAAGCGCUGCAGCAUUCACAGCCAUUUGUAAUUGUUCCUCAACAACCGCAGUUUGCUACUGCAACAUCCAGCUCACCUGCAGAUACCUUUUCGCCACGACUGUUCCAUCCAAGCGAUCUGAAGUCCGCGCCAAAGUCAACAAGAGACCCCAAGGGCAGCGGAACCAUACGGCAGCGAUCGGGGAGCAUAGCAUCAAUCCGCAAGCUACAACGAACGCAGUCAGAAAUCGAGAUACAGAAAUAUGCCGAGGAUGAAGGCGACGACUUCUCUGAAAUCGUUGGCGACAUCAAAGGUGGUCCUCAGUCUACCCUCCCUGCAACAACCGAAAGUGAUAGUGGUAGCGAGCAUAGUAGUCUUGCUAUGAUCACGUCCAAGUUGUCAGGCUCGUUCAUGAUCGCAGACGAGGACGAUUUGGACCCCUUUGCGAACCUCGAAGACGGUCUUGACACCAUCAACCUCGAGAAUAACGUCGCUCGAGAUCGCGAUGACCGCUUAACGAAGAUGACAGAACAUCUGGUCAGUUGCUUGAAGCUUAGUCAGCCCGACGACGUUCUCCUCGACAUCGCAGAUCAACUUCUCCAGGUGUUGUACGAGGCACCAGACAAACGCUCAAUCAUUCUGCGGAGCCAUGGUCUGCUUCCAGUGUUGGAGAUACUGGGUAACAUUCCCCCUCAUGACCUCGUGCUUCCACUACUCAAGAUCAUCAACCUGAUAAUCUUGGAGGAUGCAGAGGCUCAAGAAAGCUUGUCCUUUCUGGGAGGCAUCCCCACGAUUUGCCAAUUUGCAUACAAAAGGUAUCCCAGCGACAUCCGCAAGGAAGCCGCGGCCUUUGUACGGCAGAUGUAUCAGACCAGCACACUCACUAUGCAGAUGUUCAUCGGUUGUGGUGGCAUCAACGUGCUGGUGGAGUUUCUCGAAGAAGACAUCGACGCUGAGCGCGACCUAGUGCUGAUAGGCGUGAACGGAGUGUACGGCGUUUUCGAGCUUCAAGGCCCCACACCCAAAAACGACUUCUGUAGAAUAUUCAGCAGAAGCAGUGUCCUGUAUCCGCUGUCGUUGGUGCUGAACAGGAUGGUCGAAGAGGAUGGCGAGGUCGCUAGACUCAUUGUUGGCCGGAUUGUCCAUAUCUUCCUGAUUUUCAGUCAGGCCGAGAGUCACGUCAAGGAUCUUGUGGCGGAUCGCAUGAUCUUGAAGCGUGUACUCAAGGACCUGCGCAAGAUGGCGCCGCCUCACCAGAUCACUAUGCUCAAAUUCAUCAAGAACCUAAGCUCGCUUUCCUCGACACACGAAGCACUACAAAACUCGAACGCGAUCGAUAUCCUUAUCGAGCUGCUGAAGGCCACACGCCAAUCAGGCUCCAAGACAAGCAGCAACAGAUCUGGCAACGACUCAAACCGUAUGCCACCCUUCCAGCGUGAGAUUUCCAACCAGAUCUUGAACACAAUGUAUAAUCUCUGUCGCCACAACAAGAGUCGACAGGAAGAGGCAGCAUUGUCCGACAUCAUCCCGUUACUGAAGGAUGUUGUGAACGAUGGUGGACCAUUGAAGGAGUUCGCACUGCCUGUGCUGCUUGAGAUGGUCAACUCCGGCAAGGUCUCUCGCAAGAUGCUGUGGGAUGCAAAGGGACUCGCAUUCUACGUGUCGCUGCUUGGUGACGUCAAUUGGGCGGUCACGGCUCUAGAUGCUAUCUUUGUUUGGCUUCAGGAAGAGACUGCUAGAGUCGAGCAGUAUCUGCUGUCUGCACAGUCCAAUUUCACGUCAGCCAUCAUCACCGCCUACACAUCGUCAGGUCCGUCACGCUCAACUUUCGAAAACAUGCUCGAGCCGCUUCAGAAGCUUGUCCGUCUUUCACCGCCCAUCGCUGCCUCGCUAGCAGUCCCUGAAAUCUUUUCCCGCACAGAGCAAAAGCUCAACCACAAGGAUGCUGUCACACGCCUGAACUUGUUGCGCAUCCUUCGAACCAUCUGCGACGCCAGAGAAGAGGGAUGUUGGUUGAUCCGCUCUUUCGGCUGCUACGAGCGCAUCACCUGGCUCAUGGAACAAGACCCUGCUGUCCUCGUUCGACAGAUGGCGGAAGAGCUUGUCCAGGCUUGUGACGAGGUCGAAAUGAACGGAGUCACAUCUACGUCUAACGGCAAGCGAAGCCUGAGUCGCGCGUCGAACAUAGGCAUGAACCUUCGUCGUCCUGCCUCUUCUUCCGGCCGACGCGAUGGCUCUGGUUCAAGCAGCGGCUCCACGCUAGCCAGUGCAGGGCUCGGUCUCACACCACCCACGCCAACAAGCUUAAAGGGCAACUUUCUUGUCCCGCCAAUGACCUCGACACCUGGUAGUGGUCGCGACCGCAUCACUCGCACACAGUCAUCCAGCUCUAUGUGGGAUCUUAUCGAAGACCCGAACUCCACCCCGCAAUCAGCAGGUCGCUCCUCCAAAGCCCCAGUCCUUGCACGAUCAUCCACUUCCUUCGCGGCCCUCGCAUCACCCACGGCACAGCCACGUCCCUCGACCGCUCGACCUGCAUCUCGCGAUGCGACUUCCUCCCUCUUGCACCUGCAAGCUAAUUCUCGGUCCGGCGUACCGGAGCGCUCACGCCUACCCAAAGCACGCGCCCAAGGCGCCGCCGGCAGACUAGGCGAGGCCAUCACAAAGCGCAGACAGAGCAACUUCAAUCUUGAGAACGACACACCCGGAAACGGGAACAGCCUUCCUGCCGGCGCGCCGCCUCUGCCACGCCUGCAGAUUGUAAGACGGAGGAGGGACACAAGUGGAGGCGAGCUUAGCUCUGCAAACGGUGUGAGACGCGGCUCGACGGCGGACUAG